AUGGCUUCUCCCCCCGGUGGGGAGGGCACUAGUGCACAGACACAAAUAAAUAGUAGUGAAAAAGCUGUUGAAACAAUGGAUGGUGACUUCGGGGAUAUUAGCACGGAUAAAACACAAACCAAAAAAUGUUUUAAUACAUUUACGGAUAAGUACAACCUCAGUUGCAUUUAUGUUAUGAUAGAAAAUACUUCAAAAGAAAAUUUUGGUCGUGUUCAUCCUCUGAGAGUAGGACACAUAUUACAUAAAAAACUAAUGAUACAAAAUAUUAUUGAAGUUAAGCCCGUGGGAAAAAAUAGAGUUAGGGUACAACUUAAAUCUCUUAAAGAUGCUAAUCUAUUAAUCAAUAAUGUAGCUUUGGAAAAAGAAAAUCUUAGAGCUUUUAUUCCUAACCACUUAUUAGAAACUAAAGGGUUAAUCAGAGGGGUUGAUACGUUUUUUGAAGAAAGCUACAUCUUACAAAAUAUAAAUUCUAGUAGUAAAGUUACAGAAAUUAAGAGAUUCACUAAAAAAGUUUAUAAAGAAGAUUCGUCAUUUAUCGUGAAAAAACAAACUGUUCUUAUUACAUUUGAAGGUAACAUUUUACCGGCAGAAGUGUCUAUAGAUACAGUUUUUUUUCCUGUAGAAAUGUAUUAUGGAAAAGUGACACAAUGCUUCAAAUGUUUAAGUUACGGUCAUAUUUCUAAGCAAUGUAACUGGAUUGAAAAAUCGGUACGAGGCACGAAGACAAUGCAGAAAGAUUUUGGAGGACUUGAACAAAAGCUUAGUUUGCAAGUCAAGGUAACUCCAUCUUAUGCCCAGAUCGUAUGUGAAACAAAAGAUAAAGGAUCAAGGUUAAGUUUGACUGACAAGAUGUGUGACAUCUGCAAUAACACUCCAAGUGUUAAUGAAGACUUGGAUUUCUAUGUGGUCUGGCUGGCGCGCAAAUUGGGAGAUAUGGCCCAAGAAAUAUUACAUUUUGAAUAUUUCAAUUCGGAUGUUCCUGCAAAUGGUCAAAACGAUUCAAAAUAUGUUCAAGAUGCCACCAACUUUAAUGCCGGAGCAAACUUAUGCCGAAGAGUAUAUGGUUCCUUCGGUCUUGACGAAUUCUGUAGCCGAAUGAUCGAGGAAGACCUGAAAACAUUCCUUAUCGAAAUACCACAUACGCCAAGUGAAUUGGCUAUUCAUGAAAGUUUGAUAAGCGUUGAUGACCGAAUGGUUACAUUUGAUAAUAAAAUAAAAAGAUAUGAUGCACAGGAAGAAAAUAUUGUGAAGAAAAUAGCUGAUUUGGAAAAGCGAAUGAAACAGGAUAUGAAAAUAUUGUUGGGUGUUGAGAGGAAGGCUGAUAGUAUGAUUGCAGCUAGCAAAUUAAAGUUAGGAAUCAGAAAAAUAAAUACUUCCGGUGCCAAACAGCAAAGCAGUCUAUCACCAAGUUUGGUGAAUUCUAAUGCACUAAUUGAAAUAUCGGACACACCGAUUUCGUCUAGUCGCCCAAGUCAAACAAUACCCAUAUCAGAUGUUGUUAUCGACUUAUCAGAUGUGCCAAUCUACUCACCCCAAGAGCAAAGCGAAAAUUUAUCCUCGAUAGUUAGCCAAGAAGGACAACGUUGGGAUUUGAGUGAUGAAGAAUGGCAAACCCCGCGAAGAUCAUCAGCAAUAUUUUUGCAGGAUUCUCCACCAUCUUUUUCCCAUGAGUCAUUUGGCCACGAAGGACAACGAUGGGAUUUGGGUGAAGAAGAAUGGCAAAUUCCUCGAAGGUCAUCAUCAAUAUUUUUACGGGAUUCUCCGCCACAUUUUUCCGAUGCUUCAUUUAGCCAAGAAGGACAGCGUUGGGAUUUGGGUGAGGAAGAAGAAUGGCAAACCCCACAAAGGUCAUCCUCAAUAUUUUUACAUGAUUCUCAGCCAUCUUUUUCCGAUGCUUCAUUUAGUCAAGAAGGACAGCGUUGGGAUUUGGAUGAAGAAGAAGAAGAAUGGCAAACCCCCCGAAGACCGCCAUCAAGAAUAAUUAUUCAAGAUUCUCCACCAUCUUUUUCCCACGAGUCAUUUAGCCUAGAAGGAUCACAUUGGGAUUUAAGUGAAGAAUGA